AUGCCCGCAGAUCUGCUGUGGCGUGCCAGCGGUGUAAAGGGAGAAAGGUUCGGUGCAACGUUACUCGAACUGGCCGGCCUUGCACAAAUUGCCUUGAUCAUAAGACAGAAUGCGAAGUCGUCCCUCGGAAGAAACAUGCCUCGAGUAAGGAAAGAACCUCCAUCACCCGUAGCAGAAUGCCCAGCAGUACAGUCCCAAAAUUACUCUCCUACUGGGGUUUCAAUGCUCCGGACGCCAGAUAUUGCUAUGCCACUGGACCUGACGCUUGAUGACGACCUAUUGCAACCAGAUUUCAGGCAGGGCAAUCAGCAACUUUUCGCCGACCGUGGGGAUCGUCAGAGCGCUCUGUGUGAAGCGGUCUCACUGCCUCCAAAUGGGGGAAAUCCGGAAGACGAAGGAGAAAACAAUGCGACUUUCGCCGAGGCACUCAAUGCCAAAAGCCCGUUCAAUAACGAACGGUCCUUCCAUGUUGGCGACCCUCAAGGACUGGUUCAUGCCGUGAUGGAGAUCUGUACGGACCAACCUCCGACACCAGGAACCAUGGGAACGACCCAAAAAGUCAUGCCUCAACCGAAGAAGACUUGGCAAACCAACGACUUAGUUUAUUUACAGAGCAAAGGAGUCUUCUCCUUACCAACUGCGGACGUUUGCAAUUCACUUGUUCGGGAUUACUUCGAGCAUGUCCAUCCUCUGGUUCCCAUAAUUGAUGCAGGGCUUUUCCUGUCUCAAUAUGCCCAUAACGGGGCUUCGAGCAUGAAUUUACUUUUGCUAUGGAGUGUGUUUCUUGCCGCCGCCAAUUUUGCUUCUCCAGAAGUGCUGCAAUCUGCGGGUUAUCCCUCGCGGAAAGCACUAAAACGAGCGAUGUACACAAGAGCUAAGGCGCUGUAUGAUAGUGACUACGAAGACGACAAGGUGUGCGUGGUUCAGUCUGUCACACUUAUGGGGUUUUGGUAUUCGGACGUUGAAGACAGAAGCGGCCCCUGGCAUUGGAUGGGAAUUGCCAUCGGAUUGUGUCAGAUCAUGGGUCUUCAUCGAACACCACCAUUGGCACCGGCUGCUUCGACUAUGAGGCUGAGGCAACGCCUGCUUCGCAGAAUCUGGUGGUGUUGUUUCAUGAGAGACCGUUGGCUGUCUCUGGGACUGGGACGACCGACGCGAAUAGACCUCGAGGACUGUGAUGUCCCCAUGCCCGAAGCAGAAGAUAUAACGAAAGAACUCGAACAACUCCCUGCCGAAAUUGCCAACAAGUAUAUGCCUGUCGCCAUACAGGAGGAUGCAGUUAUUUGGGUGCAUCUAAUCAAACUCUCCAUAUCUCUGGGCAAAAUCCUCCGGAAGCUUUAUGGGAAGUCCGCGCCCAACUCUGAAAGUGACGACUUCCAAGCUUGUGAAACCGAGCUUGAGGGAUGUCGGCUAGCCAAAGAACUGGAACCAGAAAAUAACUAUCAGUCUGAACUACUGAGAAAGGUGCAGUUUGAAAUGCUCUUCGAGGCUACUGUCAUUGUACUACAUCGAUCGAGGAUCGACUUCCGAAGUCUGCCUGACGAUCCUCAGAAUCCAGAACGAGCAGAUUCUUUGGGCAAAGCACGGGCGGCUGCUGUCAGGACCAACAGACUCAUUGAGAAGUUGAUCGAAAUGGACAUGGUACAAUAUUUGCGACCGAUGAAUCUGACUGCCACCAUCCCAGCUAUGCAGAUACACCUGUUUGACUGCAAAUCUCGCCGCAAGCUUGCACGGAAGCUCGCCUGGUCUAAGCUCGGAACAUGUAUGAUGGUCGUAUCAGAGCUGCGCGACACUUACUGGGGUGCAAACUUCACCUUGAAACUCUUCGAAACUGCCCAAACUAUGCUGAAGCGUUCAGAGAUUCAACCUGUUACCGGAGGAUCUUUUGAUGGAGAGCAUCAUCCACCUGCUAGUGCCAACGCCUCAAACACAGACACUCCUUUCGAAGUUCCAGAAGUUUCAGUGAAUGAUCAUCAUCUAUCGACCACUUCUUGGCCAAUGGACAGUUCUAUGUUCUAUCUCAACGAGCCUUUCACGAAUUCGCUGUGA